UUGUUAAUACUUUGUAUGCUCUGGUUGGAACCUUCUGCCACGACUCAGUGAUGUAAUCGAGGGAGUUGCAAUGCUCACGUGCAGUGCAGUACAGCACUGAAGAUGAAAUAUGCCAUACCAACAGAGGUGUAGCCCAGUGACCUGUGCCUGUUUGUGACUGGUGUGUUGUGUGUGGCAUGGCGGCGACAUUGUCCCUGCCGUGCCCCGUGAGGCUGGGCGUCGUGAGGCAGGCGGGACCCCAGGCAGAGCUUCACCACUGCACUCUGGAGAGAAACGUCAACAAGAUGGAAAAACUUCUCAAGAAAGGUGUGGAUGUGGACUGUGUGAAUGACCUGGGGCAGACGUCUCUGUUCUGUGCUUGCCUGGUGGGAAUGACCAGCGCUGCUGAACUCCUGCUGCAGUAUGGAGCCAAUCCCAACCAUCGCUGUCAUGACCGGAGUACUCCUGUUCAUGCGGUGGCGUUCUCCUGUAACGCAAGGCUACUGAGCACGCUCCUGGACGCGGGCGGAGACCUCCGACUUCACGAUGCCAAGGGCCAGCGACCUCAGGACUGGGCAACUGCUGGAGCACAACCCAAUGGACCCAAAAUUAUUGAGUUCCUGAACAGCUGCAUGUCUCAGAUGCAGAGUCUAGUUCAGCAGCGGUUGCCGGGGGAGACACGCUCCACCCCCUCUUCCUCUAAGAUGCUGCUGAGGCCCCCCUCUCUGAAGGACCUCCUGAAACCAGGGGGUUCUGAUUUGUGUCUCAGUAAGAAGAGCAGCAGCAGGAGUGGCCCUUGGGGUUCAGUGCAGUGCUUUGGCUUUGGGAAGCUGUGUGUGGAGCGGCGGGGGCAGCUUGUGGGGCUGCAGGCGUGUAUUCCGCUGGUGUCUGACGUGGAGCUCACGCUACAGGAGGAUGAACCGCCCACCGACUUCACGCUAGGAGACCACACACACAUGAGCAAUUCCAGCUGGAGGGGUUGCCGUGUGACGGUGAAGGACCUGCUCCCCCAGAGUGGCAGUGAGGUGGGGAGGCUGCACAGCUACAGGGACGUGCUGCAGAGAGAGCAGGACUACUGCAGUCGUCUGCUCCAUCCGCACCUGCUGCAGCUGUUGGCCGUGGCUCUGGGGUCAGACCUACACACUCGUCUGGUGUUCGAGAGGGUGCACAUCGGACCGCUGCACGACAUUAUACACCACAAGCGGGAGGCGUUGCCGGUGCUGCCUGUGGAAGGUAUGUUAGGUGUCCUGCUGCAGGUGUGUGAGGCGCUGCUGUACCUGCACACACGCAAGCUGGUGCUGCGAUCACUCUCCUCACACUCAGUCCUGAUGGUGCGGCCCACCCUCGCCAAACUCACCAGCCUGGGCUUCAUUACGUCUGUUGAUGGGAGUGUGUCUCCCUGCGGUUCCCCUCCUCCUCUGCCUGCUGCGUUGAUGAACUGGGCGGCUCCUGAGGUGGUGAAGCAGCAGCUCUGCACAGAGAAGGCUGACAUCUACAGCAUGUGUGCUCUUAUACAGGAGAUAUACACGGAUGCGUUGCCGUGGGGAUGCCUGUCUCCGGGGGAGAUCCGUCGGGAGCUGGAUGAGGGCAGGGCUCUGCCCCCCCACCCUUCCGUGCCCCCCCCCUACUACCAGCUGCUACAGCACGGCCUCCAGCCGCAAGCACAGCAGCGCACACACACCCUGCAGCAGCUACGCUACACACUGCACACACACAGCAAGGAGUUGUCGGAUGUGACAUCGGGCAUGAGUCCAGCCACUAAGAAACAGCAGGAGUCCUUCAAUCAGAGUUGUGCUGGCCGGCGCUCUCUGGACUCUGAGAUCCAGCACCAACUCAGCCAGCUGGACCACAUACUGCAGCGGGAGGAGCAGAGAGGACGAGAGGAGGGGACGACCGUCGUCAGGACGGACAGAACGCCAGAGCGGAGAGCACGAGAGGAGAGGAGAGCUAGAGGAGAGCGGGAGGAGCGAGGAGGAGAGGAGAGGAGAGAGAGGGAGGAGAGAGGGACGCAGAGGAGAAUCAGCAUGUAUGUAGUGGACAGGAGGAGAAACAGCAGAGGGAGAGAGGAAGAAGAGGAGGAGGAGGAAGAGGAGGAGGAGGAUGGAGAGAGCGAGAUGACGGAGGAGGAGAGCACCACCAGCUCCUUCACGGAGAGAUGGAGCGAGAGAGACCGCGAGGAGGAGAGCGACUUCUCCGUGAGGGUGGGGGCCGGUCGCCGUGGCAGCGACGCCUCCUGCCCACCGCACGCGGUCUCUCUGGACGACUGGAAGACUGAGGACGCGGGGUCAGGGUCGGGGUCAGAGGUCGCGGCGCCCAAGUGGGCGUCGGAGGCCAUGAGCUCCAUCGUGCUGAACCAGCAGGUGUGUCGCGUGCUGCUGCAGGAGUGUGAGCGCAGCCUGGAGACGGCCGAGCGAAACACACCCGACCACACACAGUCGCUCACACACUCGCUCACACUCUCGCAGAGCUAUGACGAGGUGGACGGCGUGGGCGGCGCUGGAGUUCUGUCGGGAGCCGUGGGCCCCCCUUCCUGCUACUCGCCCCAGGUGAAGGGGUCUGGCUGGGACCAGAUGGGGGCACUAGGGGGCGCACUCUGGCUGGGGGAGUUCCCCUCUGGCUCCGAGGCAUCACUCAGCAUGUGCACAGCCACCGCCGACCUCACACACACACAGGCUGGUGAAUCUGAGUCCAGAAGUUUUAGCAGAACAGCCAACCACAGACGCAGCUCCACCACCCUGUCUGCAGACUCAGAGGAAGAGUGCCCCCUGGUGGCCAGCGCUUCUGCUUCCACCCCGCGGCCCCGCUGGACCAGUGAGGUUGUGGACCUGGUGUCUCGGAUGACAUGUGGGCGUCUGGGCUUGUGUGUGGCUCCGCCCAUCAGCAGUGAGAGUGAGGAAUGCGAGGAAGGGUCAGUGAGGGGCCACACCCACUUCCCACCACAAGCUCCUCCCAUCCGCACCCCCCAGCACGACUUGAAGUUGGAGAAGAUCUUUAAGAGUUUCGCAGGAGGGGCUAGUGAGAGUGAAGAUGAUGCGGAGUUCCACACUAUUAACAGGACGAUCAGUCUGAGCCCGGAUGUCCUGGACGGAGCUGACCCGAACAUCAGCAGUAGAAACAGAGCUGAGCAGAACCACCACAGCAUGCACAGAACACACGACGCAGAACAGAACCACAGCAUACACAGAACACACGACGCAGAACAGAACCACAGCAUGCACAGAACACACGACGCAGAGCAGAACCACAGAACACACAACACAGAGCAGAACCACCACAGCAUACACAGAACACACGAAGCCGAACAGAACCACCACAGCAUGCACAGAACACACAACGCAGAACAGAACCACAGCAUACACAGAACACAUGACACAGAGAAGAACCACAGCGUGCACAGAACACACAACGCACAAUGGAGCCAUCACAGCAGGGAGGAAGAGGAUCUCACAGCAGAGUGUACUCUGACAGAGAAUGACUCAGACUCAGAUGGGACAUACUCUCUGGUGGAAGGCUCUAGUAUGUAUCACACCCCAGGACCUGGAACAGAGAACCCUACCUCUGAAGAGGAGGAUCUGGAUGUCACAGUGGAGGUGUGUCGACCCCUCUCGGUUUUCAUAGAUACGCAAACAGGCGAGCGCCCUGCAGCUGUGUGUAGGCCAGAAGGGAGAGAGCAAUUCAUUGCUGACCAGGAGCUGCCAGACAUCAGGUGUGUCUCCUGUAAUAAGCAGAUUGAUGAUCCCUCUCUGCUCAGCCGCCUGCCGGACCUGGCUGCAGACUUUGCUGAGAUCUCCAGCAUCACCUGCUCUCCAUUGCAGCAGGAGAAGAUUCCCCUCAGCAGGAGACCCUGCUACAGCACGCCCUGCACACCACAGAAGACCCCCCACCUGCCCCAACGCAUGCUGGGGGCACACUCUCACCCCUUGCCCUCUCUGCAGAGCCUCCUGGAUCAUUCCGAACACACACACUCCAGCCAGAGAGAAUCAUCUGCUUCCAGUAUUGUACCCCACUCCCCUGACAGGGAGUCGUCGGUGGAAGAAGCUGAUCUGCCCCACGCUAGCCAAUCAGGUUUCUCGAUGACGACCUCACACAUGCGUCGUGGCCGAGAUAUGAGCCAUGCAAUGGAGGAGGAGUCAGACGAGGAGGGGGAGGAGCAAAGGGGGGAGGGGUCUGUAGGGGAUGGGCGGGACUCCGAGCACACACAUUCAUUCAGCUCCUCUCCCUCAGAAGGGCAGCCCUCACGCACAGAGUCCCUGGCAGCAUUUGAGGAAGAGGAGGAGCGUAUGCUGGAGAAGGCGGUGGACAGAGAGUGGGGGGAGGAAGAGGAGGAGCCAUCAGAGGAAGAGGAGGAGCCAUCAGAGGAGCUGCAGAGCGAGGGACGCCUGUCAGACGAGGACUUCGUCUCAGUGGACGACAGCCCCGAGAGAGGCCUGGCGUUGGGAACUGAGGCUCUGGCAUGUGGCAUAGAAAAGAACCAGCCAACAGAGGGCAUGGAGGAGACAGAGAGGGCCAGCUCCACGCUGGACGACGUCCUACAGGGUAUGAUGGCAGACCGUGCAGCCAAUCAGGGCAUGAUGGCAGACCGUGCAGCCAAUCAGAGGGCCAGGAGCCCCGGGCCCCUCUUCCUCUCCAGAGCUGUCAUGAACAUGGAGGGAGAGGUGGACGUGGAGGAUGUGCACGGGCGAGGAGGAGACACAGCAGAACAUUACUUAGAACCUCAGGAGGUGGGGGACCCCUCAGACGGCUCCGCGAAACCAGAGGACAGGAUGGAGGAGGCAGCUGCUUUCCACGGCAUCUGGAGUCACCCACACAGAGUGAUCGUCCUGGAGCACACACCAGGGAAGGAGCCAUUCAGGAAGACCAGAGAGCCACCCACCUGACCACCUCAGGUUGCCAUGGGCAACGCCACAUGGAUCACAAGCCCCACUCCACACAUUUAGGAUGUUCAAAGCAGUUGUAGAAAAUAACAUGUGUUCUUUUGAUUGUCAUUUUAUAGUUAUUUCACUGUAUUUGAAUUGAUAGCUACAGUAUUAUCCAAUUCAUACCUUUGUAUUGUAUCAACAUGUUUGCCAAUCAAAUCUCAUCUUUCCUACAGACAUAGUUCAGUACGAUGUUUAAACUCAGGGUUCCUGCUUUCAGGACAUUUUUAUCUUUCUAUUCCUAGUUCUGAGAAAUGAAUUUUGAGCCUGUUGUUCUGAAGCAUAUUUGCAAUGUUUUCACUGUUUUGACAGACUAGUUUAGACUCUUAAAUGUAUCUUCUUAAAAGAUUUUAAAUAUUUAAUAAUUUCACUUCAGAUGAUUAAAGAUAGUUCAACGAUUAAAGAAUGUUACAUUAUAAUAUGUGGUUAACUUAAAUACAUUAAAUAAUUUUCAACAGAAAUGUAUGUCUGAAUUGAUUGACCGGCCAUCAGAUCAGGUCAUGAGUGAAAAAGACAUCAUUGUACUAUACAAUUUUAUUAGAAUUUCAUUCACCAUGAAAAAGAUCAAAUAU